AUGAGAAUUCCAUUGAUUAACCGAAACUCAAUUGAAGGUUGUAAGGAUUACAAGCCUCCGCAGACUUUCCCAAUUGGUCCAUUUCAAAAAUGGCGUCAUAACCCAAUAAUGAAACCAGACCCAAAUGUUGAAUGGGAAAGUGGCUAUUUAUAUAAUGCUACUGCAAUUGUGGUAGAUGAUAAGGUUUUCAUGUUAUAUAGAGCCCAAAAUAAAGAGAAGCUUUCUUCAAUUGGUAUUGCUUGGUCCGAAGAUGGUAUUAAUUUUGAGAAACAUAAGAAACCAGUCAUCACUGCCACUGAGUCCUACGAACAGGGAGGUGGAUGCGAGGAUCCACGAAUUGUAAGAGAUCCCGUGUCAAAGUUAUUUGUCGUCACCUACACAUCCUAUGAUCGAAUUACUGCAAGAUUAUGUGUUGCGACGCUGGAAGAUUUGUUUCAUUGGACCAAACAUGGACCUAUAGUCCCACCAUAUUGGCAAGAUAUCGCCGUGGAAAGUAACGGAAAGAAUUUGAUUAGAAACAAUUGGCUGAAAUCGGGAGCCAUAUUCACUGAAAGGGCACCCGAUGGGAAAUACUACAUGAUUUGGGGCGAUUCAGAACUACACCUUGCAGAAUCAAUGGAUUUGGUGAAUUGGAAACUCACAAAUAAUUCUGUCAAUUGGAAUACCUGGGCAAAGGCAAUUUUCAUUCGUGAAAAUAAACUUCUUGAAAGUGGACCAGCCCCAGUGAAAAUGGCAGGGAAGUCUAAUCAAUGGAUAUUUGUUUAUAAUGCAGCUACUACUGGUGGUGGCGACCUUCCCAAAAAUGCCUACACUGUCAAUCAAAUGCUAGUUGAUUACAAUGACAUCCAUAAAGGACCCGUGGCAAGAUUGGAACAACCUGUUUUAAAACCAGAGCUGGCAAAUGAAAAAGAAGGUCAGGUAAACCAAGUGGUUUUCUGCGAAGGUUUGGUACAGUUCAAGGGUCAAUGGUUUAUGUAUUUUGGUCAAGGUGAUUCUGAGUUGGGCGUUGCUAUAGCCCCUGUAAAUUAA